AUGGUUAAUAACAUCUGCUAUCGGCAACGACGGAGAAAAGAAGUCGUCUACGACGAUUGUGUACUCGAGGACUCCUUGUCCCAAGGUGACUGGCACAUCGAGGAGGACCCAAACGUGCACUACGAGAUGCUGCUCGGAGGAUUACGAGCCUGUACUGAGCAUGCCUCGAGGCCGCGCACGAUAAACUUGGAUCGAAUUUCGAAGACAAAUAAGGCAUUGUUGGAAAGAAGAAGGGCUUUGAGGCUUGAUCCGAAUGCAUCGCACAUUGAGCGGCAGAAGAAUAUUCUGGAAGCAGCACAAAGAAGAACGAGUCUAAAGAAGUGCCGCAGGGACCUCCGCGAAUAUAAUAUUCCGCUAGCAACCUUGCUGAGCGAAGACAGGACUCGCACGUCUUUUCGUCGUGAGAUGGAAAUCAUUACGGAGAGCUUCUACUCGAACCUUUUCCGUUCAUCAACUCCUGUGUCAAGCCCAAUCAUCCCCACUGGCGAAGCUCCACCAUGGAUUCUCCCUUCGGAAGUAGGAGUCGCUGUCAAGAGCAUGAAAUCUGGCACAGCCCCCGGACCUGAUUUUAUAUCAGCAGACUUUCUUCGGGCUGGUGGCCAUCCGCUUCAUGUAAUCUUAGCAGCGCACAUGACAUCCUACCUUCAGAAAGAAAGGAUCCCAGACCAGUGGAAGACCUCGUGA